CAACUAUAUCCUGCACUCUUUGCUAGAAACAUACCUGAGGGUAAAGAUAUCAUUGUAAUUGUCUAAAAACGACUCAAUUAAGGCCAUAGAUCYCAAGGCAGUGCCGAAAUAUAUUCGGGUGACCGGUAUCCACUAGUCACAGUAUUGGUAUGUAUGCAUGUGAUUAUUCUACAAUGAAAAAAAUCAGUAUUAGAUGUCCGUGUUUCGAUUGAGCCACUAAAUCACAAUUAACAUGCAACCCGUGCAUUUGAAACAGGUGUUUAGCUGUGCUUUGUAGAGAAAUUGGGUUUGGAGUUAGCUACGAAUCCUAUUAAUGUUGCAGUGGACAAGAACAUUUGUGUAUACUGAUUGAUAAAAGCUCAAAAACGUCUUGUAAACCAAAAGUAAGAUGUGCUAGUGAGAAUGAGCACUGUACUAUUUAGCUUUUCGUCUAGUAAAGAUCUGUACGGAUGGCUUUAACAGCGCUGUGGUUAGCUCUGUUGGUUAGCUUAUAUGGAACAUGGGCUUGUCCUCAGGAUUGCGAACAUUGCCGUGAACCAGCUGGUUUCUUCAAAAAGACCAUACCUUUGGUAAGAGCAGUGUGUCAGCAUGCUCCUCAAAUGACUACAGUUCCCCAAGACCUUCCCUAUAACCUUGGAACUUUAAUAUUUAGAUCAAAUGGUCUCAAACAAUUAGGAAAUGCUUCUCUUAACAAAUAUCUUUAUCUCRCAACAUUGGAUUUUUCUAACAACAAACUUGAAGAAAUCGUAAGUGGUGCUUUUCAAAAGCAGCGAGACCUUGUAAAAUUGAUUUUGCAAGACAACAAUCUAAAGAGACUGUCAUCACUUAUGUUUAUUGGCUUAGAUGCCUUGCAAAAACUCUUCUUGCAGAAAAACCACAUAUCAGCUUUAGAGAAAAGUGUUUUCAGWCAUCUAAAGUCUCUGCGCGAGCUUAAUUUGCACGAUAACAACAUUAUGGACAUUGAGACAGGGACAUUUGAAGGACUAGAUCUCCUAAGGGAGUUAGACCUGAGCGGAUGCCUCAUCAAGAAAAUUGGACCAGGAACAAUAGGAAACCUUAUGUCUUUAGAAAACAUCAAUCUUAGUUAUAAUGAUAUUAAUAGAAUUGAUGAUAAUGCAUUUCAAUGUUCUCCUUUGGUAARGACACUGCAUCUSAACAACAAUUCCAUUGAGGAAGUCCCAGCUCUUUAUUGGUUACAGUUUUUACAAGAGUUAGACAUCAGCGAGAACCCAAUAAGCUACAUCCGCACAGAGUCCUUUCAAUGGAAUUCCAAACUUCAGCGUCUUAACAUCAGUUUCUGUAAGCUGACUUUACUUCAGAAAGAAACCUUGGCUGGGCUGAAAUCUCUACGAUCAAUAUCCCUAGAGGGCAAUCCUUUGAGGUGCGAUUGUCUUGUCCACUGGCUUCACCAACAGGUAGUUACAUCGACUAGCAUGUUCUCUAAACCUGAUMAAAUAAAGUGUAAUAGUCCGCKAAAACUAGGCGGCAGACCGAUUCAGGAUGUAAGAAAAGAAGAUUUGAAUUGCACCUGUAGCUUUUGUAAAAAUCAUACAGCUUGCCAGAACCCCUUGAACCAAUGCACGUGUACCUCAGCAGAGAAAUAUGAGUCAUGUGAGAACAUCUGUACAACAGGGAUUAAAAAGAGCCGAUGUGAUUUUGUCAAUGGACAAUGCCUUUGUAUUAACUCCUCUUCAAUUGCCGACCAGGAAUGGAAGUGUCAUUUUCAAAUGACCAACAGAACUUGCAACAAAAACGCGCAASUAAAGAAAGUCAAAAAAGAUCUACGUUGCGUUUGUAAUGAGGGAUAUAAAGGAAAUGGAGUCAAUUGCACAGACGUGGAUGAAUGUAACUGGGUUAUUCCACGUUGUAGAAACCCAAACCCAAUAUGUGUAAACACAAUCGGUAGCUACAAGUGCAACUGUCGUGAAGGGUAUCAUAAGAACAGUAGGCCUUUAUCGAGAUGCAUUGACGUCAACGAGUGCAAAAACUCAUCAAUCUGUGGAGACAAUGGUGUUUGUAGCAACACAAAAGGUGCGUAUUUGUGUACAUGCAAAACAGGAUAUCACCGUCAAGCAGACAAAUGCUGGCCACUUUUACUUGAGGAAGAAAUUCAAUUAACAACUCAAGCUAUCAAUUCUACUGCCAUAUCAGUUAAAUGGUCAGUUUUAGCUAAAAAAGAUAUGAUUGCUACCUACAAAAUACUGUACUUACCAUACGGACCAUCAGGAACAAAACUCAUUGAAUCACCAAACGUUUACCCGGCAAAUGCUACUUAUGGCAUUUUAACAAACCUGCUUCCAGAUACGAUGUAUAACAUUCGUGUUAGGGUCCACAUGGUGUAUAAUGCUACUGUACGAAGUCCUUUGUACUUCAUUGCCACAAAGAAAAAUGAGUCUGUUUCUCUCAAGCAAGUCAUGAAAUCUGGUGAUCUAGAUGUCUUAAUUGGUUUAAUAGUUUUAGUCAUUAUCGUUAUUAUAGCAGCGAUCCUAAUUGCUAUAUAUUGGUUCACCAAGAGAAGAACCUYAAGGAGAGAAGACGGUGAUAACAUUCACACUCAUUUGGAAGAUCUAAUUGAACUAAGGAGCAAAGAUCAGUCACUCGUCGAGGGGACAUCCCUUUGUGAACGAGAAAGAAAACGUAGCGAAAGAUCAGCUGUCUUCGAUGCUUGGGAAAUUCCUCGUAAUCAGCUGAAAAUAGGAGAGAAAAUAGGAGAAGGCCACUUUGGAGUCGUAUUGCAGGGGACGCUGACAACUGGUGAAAAUACCAUCCAAGUUGCUGUAAAAACAAUAAAAGAAGCUGAUCGUUUCGACAUGAAGGACUUUAUGCUAGAAAUGGAGAUGAUGAAAGAGAUUGGAUGCCAUCCCAAUGUAGUUAGUCUUUUGGGCGUGUCUUCCAUUGGUGCACCGCUAUACAUCAUCACUGAAUAUGCUGAAGGUGGAAACCUUCUUGAUUUAUUACGAUCCAGUAGAUGUGGAAGCAGCAAGUAUGCAAAUGUAGCGUCAACUUUGAAUUCACGAGAUCUGCUAAAUAUUGCACUAGACGUUUCCAAAGGAAUGCGACAUGUUGCUUCCAAGAAGCUAGUACACCGUGACCUUGCAGCCAGGAAUGUCUUAAUGACUAAAGACUUGGUCGCAAAGAUCGGUGAUUUUGGUCUUGCCAGGGAUGUGUACUCUGAAGGUAUUUACGUGAAGACUGGAGGCGGACGUUUGCCCAUWAAGUGGAUGGCUCCCGAGUCAAUUAAGGAUCGAGCAUACACGAUUAAAUCUGAUGUCUGGUCAUUUGGGAUCUUAUUGUGGGAAAUAGUGACUCUAGGUGGAUCCCCAUAUCCGAGUAUGUCCGUAAAUUUGCUUCUAGAGAAACUGUUAUAUGGUUAUCGCAUGCCCAAGCCUGAUCACUGUUCAGAUGAAGUAUACAGCAUCAUGGACGAGUGUUGGAGUUUAGAUCCUGUUGCUAGGCCAAACUUUGACUUUGUCUGUAAAGAGCUGUUGACAUUAUUGUCAGAAGAAGGACGCACCUACAUCAACGUCAAAGGACUCGCUCUCGAUGAGUCAGAUAGUGAACUAUCAAAUGAACAAGGCAAUUUCUCUUGCAACUUGUGAUGCAAAUGCAGUACUGGGUUAUAGAGAUGCAAUCUUUUAAAACUGUGAUUUCGAAGUAGUAGUAAUGUUAUUACAACAACUAGAAUACAGGAUUUUAUCGCAUUGAUUAGACCUUGUAAGUUGAACAAGAUCCGAAACAAAGGAGAAAAUCCGUGAACGUGAGCAAGCAAGACUACAGUGAGAAAUCUCCAACCUUCCACUGGCUUCUCUUAAUGAUCGUCCUCGGAGACACUCAAAACUAGCGUCCGCGAGUCCGCUGAUGGCAUGUCCACUCAGAGCCUAUUUAGGUCUCAACUCAACCAAGCUUCAACCACAAGACAGUCAUACGAAUGCGUAGACCAAAAGUCACUCACAKAUUUUCUUCCCAAAUCAAUGCGACUUAUGCUAUUGUUUUAUACAGCGCAACUGGGCGAAYUAGGCUGGAAAAUUGCCGUUGCCAUGUCACUAUAUAGUAACAUCACCUAAACAGACUGAAGAAAAAUUUGGAGAACGUACUCAUAAAAGACAAUUUUAUUGAACAAAUACAUAAUAAUUAGGAAAUGUAUUCUUUAUUUUUAUCUAUUAUUAUCAAAAGAGUACGAUAUCUAUCUUAAUAACGUACAUUGUUUGAUCGUAGUGCUGUGCUGUAUUCUGAAGCUAAUAAAUAUUCAUUGUCCAUCAUA